AAAUCCCCAGGACCGCCGACUUAGAUUAUUUCGCCGCAGAGAAUAAAGUAUAUAUAUAUAUAUAUAUAUUUAUAUAAAUGGCUCGUCUUCUUCUUCUUCUUCUUCCAAACAGUAGUUUCUUCAUCGUCGCCGGUUUAGGGUUUUCGUUGUUCCAGCAGUCUUCUCUGACCUUUGUCUCCUAGUUUGCUCUUUCAGAAAGCCCUUGCCUUGCGAUCAAUCUACAGAGUUUGAUAAGACUUGGCAUUUGUGAACAUCGAAGAAAGCCAGUGACAUCUAUUCUCUGAUCACUUUUAUUUCUCCAAGAUGAAAACAAAUGUAUGUAUCAGGUGCUACAGCCGGUUUUACACGAUGCUGUUUAUGAGUUGCCAUCCUUAGGACUUCUAGAGUAGUUGGCUUUCUAUUUAAGGUUAUAGGUUUAGCGUUGUUACUAAAUAGAAAUGGAAACCAAAAUCGUCAAGGUAUCGGAUAGUAGUUUUAAAGAUGGACUUGGGAAAAAGAGAAAGCAUCCGGGGAACUAUACUGCAUAUGAUUCUGGAAGGUCAUAUGCGAAGCUGCAAUGUGUGCUCUCACCUAACAGUUCCACCCAAAAGCUUGAGAAAAGGAGAAAACCGGAUGGUGAAAACAAAGUUAGUGUUUCUGAGAACCACGUUGGGAAGUCUUUGGUCAGAUACUACUCCUAUUUUAAGAAGACUGGAGUGCCAAAGCGUGUAAUGUUCUAUGAGAACGGUGAAUGGGUUGAUUUGCCUGAGCAUAUUAUUUGCGACAUCAAAAAUGAUCUUGAAGCAAAAAGAGCUGCAAUUGAGUUCAAAUGGUGCAGUCGCCAUUAUGUCCUGGAUUUCUUGCACAUGUAUCGACUAGACUUGGAAACCGGUGUAAAAACCCAGCUUGCUUGGAUUGAUAUUGCUGGCAAAUGCUUUUUUCCUGAAAGUUAUGACAACCUUGAAAGGGACUGCUGCAAUCAUAUCUGUGGGGAAGAUCCAGAACGAUGUGAUCAACGUGAGAUCAAGCUGCACCUUCAAAUUGAUGUCAGUGGUGGGGAGUUACCGAGGCUGAACUUGAAUGAGGUCAGUGACGAGUCUGGUGACAAUAUGGAUGAUAUUCAAGUUUUUCAGAGAUCUUCAAAUGGGCAAGAUGACGAGGCAUCAGAGGAUAGCUGCAGUCGUGAGCUUGAUAAUGCUGUUGAGAAAUGGGACAAAGCAGAAACUGAUCAAUUCUCUGGUGUCAAGCCUGCGGAGGAGCAACUUGAUAAAGAUGCUGUCAAACAAAUGUUUGCUCUAGGUACUGCCACUCUAGGGCAUGUAGAGUUGCUUGAUGUGUAUCAGAUUUCAAGCGAGAUUUCCCAAGCUCGUCUAUCUCUUUUCCAGAAGCAAGCUGACAUCACUAAGAAACACCGAGGAGAUGCGAACAUUAGAUAUGCAUGGGUUCCUGCGAAGAAGGGAGUGUUACCUGCAGUUAUGAUGCAUGGACUUGGAGUGGGUGGAGCAUUUAUUAAAAAGUCUAUGUAUGGUGUUGGGAUUCACUUAAAUGCUGCAAACUCCCCUUAUUUCAGUGCUAGAUACUGUGAUAUUGACGAAAAUGGUGUGCGGCACAUGGUUUUGUGCCGUGUAAUAAUGGGGAAUAUGGAGCCUCUUCGUGGUGAUAAUGCUCAAUUCUUUACCGGUGGAGUAGAGUAUGAUAAUGGUGUUGAUGAUGUCGAGAGUCCGAAGCAUUAUCUUAUCUGGAACAUGAAUAUGAACACUCACAUUUACCCAGAAUUUGUAGUUAGCUUCAAGCUGUCUGUCCCCAAUGCUGAAGGGAAUAAGCUUGCUACUACUCAGAGUAAACACGAGACUUCAGGGCUCUCCGUGGAAGGAACCAAAGGUUCUCCCUCACAUGAUCCAGGAAGGUUAUCAAAUGGAGGUUCAGGGAGCGAAAAGAAUAGUGCCAGUUCCAGCAGUAAAAGGCCCAGAUCUUCCCUGAUGCCUUUCCCUUUGCUAUUCAAUGCAAUCUCAAGCAAAAUUGCCCAGAAAGACAUGGACUUGAUUAUUGUUGGUUACAAGGAACUUAAGGAGAAGAAGAUAUCAAGAAUGGAUUUCUAUAAGAAGCUACGAGUGAUUGUAGCAGAUGAUGAUCUGCUGAAAGCCACCAUAACAGGCCUUCAAAGGAGUUUGGGUUAGAGUAAUGUGUCGACUUCUCUUUGCUGUCGUGAAACCUUUAUAAUUAGAUUAAGACAAACCUGACUUGCUCUUUAGGAACUUACUAGUAUUGUUAUGAUUCCUUUUUCUGAAACUAGUCUCCAUUGUUCUGAUAUUCCUUAUUUCAAAUCAAAGAGUCUUAUUUUGAUCAA